AUGGUUGGAUUACCGGCCCGUGGCAAGAGUCUAAUAGCUGGUAAAGCCUUGCGCUACUUAGCUUGGGUCGGGAUUCCCGCGAGAAUAUUUAACGUUGGCCAGUACAGACGAAUGGACACUCCACGACCAACCGCUGCCUUCUUUGACACAUCUAAUCCAGACGGAGAAAGGUUACGACGGGCCGCUGCGGAAGCGGCAGUGAAGGAUAUGUUACGCUGGUUUGCUGAAACUGAUGGACAGGUAGCAAUAUUAGAUGCUACUAAUUCUACAAAAAGCCGUCGACAAUGGAUAUACAGAACAUGCAGGAAUGCAGGAAUCGAAGCCCUGUUCGUUGAAUCGAAAUGCGACGACGAAGACCUGAUCAUGAACAACAUUCUCGAAGUCAAAACAUCAUCGCCAGACUAUGUGGGCCAGGACCCAGAACUGGCUGCGCAAGAUUUCAGAAAUCGCAUUCGUAACUACGAAAAAGUGUAUCAGACAAUCGAUGAGGAUGAGAAAAAUUAUGCCUAUGUCAAGCUCAUAAAUGUGGGCUCCACUGUAAUCAUCAAUCAUAUCAAGGAUUACUUAUCCAGUCGUUUGGUCUAUUAUAUUCAAAACCUCCAUAUUAGACCGCGCUCGAUCUGGCUUUCUCGACAUGGAGAGUCUGAAUUCAACCUUCUAGGCAAAAUCGGUGGCGAUGCCGAUAUUUCGUCACGUGGAGAGCAGUAUGCGCGUGCUCUUCCACGUCUUCUCAAAGAGUCUGGUGUUCCUCCCGGAGCUAAACUUGUCAUUUGGACAUCCACAUUGAAGCGCACCAUCCAGACGGCGCGCCAUCUGGCCACAGAAACCGGAUAUGAUAAACUAGAAUGGAAGGCUCUAGAUGAACUUGACUCGGGCGUCUGCGAUGGGCUGACCUACGAAGAAAUUGCGGAAAGGUACCCGGAAGAUUUCAAAGCUCGGGACGACGAUAAAUACAACUACCGCUAUCGCGGCGGCGAGUCGUACCGGGACGUCGUCAUCCGGCUUGAGCCCAUCAUCAUGGAGCUGGAGCGAAGCGAGAAUGUCAUCAUUGUCACCCACCAGGCCGUCCUUCGUUGCAUCUACUCCUACUUCUUGAAUAUGUCGCAGGAACAAAGUCCGUGGAUGGAGGUCCCCCUGCACACGCUUAUCAAACUAACGCCCGGCGCGUACGGGACGGAAGAAAAGCGCUUUAAGGCUAAUAUCCCGGCUGUCUCGACAUGGCGGGGUAAGGGCUCCUCUGCGAAGCACCAGACACCGGAUGAGCAGCAAUAA